GCUCGCAUAAUGCCUUUGGCACUCAAAGGGGAUUGGCCAGCUAUCGACCACGCCAUCAGAAUUCUGGAACAAAUCAGGUUGCCGAGCACUAAGUUCGAACCUUACGCGCCUCUACGACCUCUUGUUGACGAGGCGAGCGGCUACACGCCUCUGCUGUUCGCCGCGCGGGACAACCGCGUACAGAUCAUCGAUAGACUCAUCGACCUCGGCUGCGAUCCCAACGCUAAGACUAAGGAUGGAUGGGCUGCCGUGCACUUGGCUGCGAUGUACAGCAGGGAGGAGGCCAUCAGGGCGCUCGUCCAUCGACGGGCAGACAUCAACGCUACUGGAGGGCCUAAAGAACAGACGGUGGCGCACCUGGUGGCAGGUCGCAGCAUCGGCGCCGCGGUCUCGCUCAUGAAAGUUAUCCUAAUGUACGGCAAACCUGAGCUAAGACUUGUCAAAGAUAACAAAGGAGAUCUGCCACUGUUCACUGCGAUCGAGGCAGGCAACUCAGGUCUGGUGAAGGAGCUGUUGUUCCACCACGCCAGGGAGCAGGUGCGGGACAGUCGCCAGAAGACCAAAGACACGGCGCUCCACAUCGCCUGCUGGAAGAAGGAUACCGAGCUCGCCAGGGUCCUGGUCGACGCCGGCAGCAUCGUCGACGCUAAAAAUGCCGCCGGAAAAACGCCGCUACACGUGGCGGCUGAAAUGGGUGACGACGCAACAGCUAAAUUCUUCUACAACAUCCACGUCAACCCAAACAUCGUCGACAACCAGGAACGAACUCCCAUCCACACGGCGGCCGAGCAUGGCAACACGGCCAUCGUGGAGCUGUUGUCCGACAAGUUCAAAGCCUCGGUCAUGGAGAGAACAAAGGACGGAUCCACCCUCGCUCACAUUGCAUCUCUGCACGGCCACCCCGACACCGUACUCAGCUUUCUUAAAAAAGGAGUGCCGCUGCACAUGCCGAACAAGGAGGGGGCGCGAUGUCUGCACACCGCGGCGCAGGCUGGUCACAUCGGUGUGGUGAACACCAUACUGGCUAAAGGGGAACACGUUGAUGUACCCACCAAUAUCGGCUACACAGCUCUGCACAUUGCGGUGAAAGCCAACAAACCUGGCAUGGUCGAAACCCUCCUGGGUUGGGGCGCAAGUCUGAAAAUCCAAGGUGGACCAGGCAAAGAGUCAGCAUUGCACUUGGCAGCUCGAGUGAAGGAUGGCGAGAAGUGCGCCGAAAUGCUCCUCAAGUCCGGCGCUGACCCCAACCUGCAGAAGUUUGAUGGCCAGACGCCGUUGAUGUUGGCAGCGUAUCACGGCAACAGCAGAGUCAUGAAGCUACUUAUAGAGUACGGCGCUGAUCCUGUAGUCCGAUCUGAGAACGGUGAGACGGCCCUGCACCUGGCCUGCGAGACGUGUCGUGUGGACGUGGCGAAGAGCCUCCUGGAGUACACCAUCCGCAAGAGCGGACGUGAUGCCGUGACCAGCGUCGUCGACACGGCCAACCUGAAGGGCGAGACGCCGCUGCACUACACGGCGCGUAUUGUCCCCAGCAGCGCUGCCAAGACCGACCAGUCUAAGGAGAUGGCAGCGCUGCUCCUCAGCAACGGCAAGAACAUCGGCGCCCAGACGCAUGAGACGAAGGAGACACCAUUCCACUAUGUCUGCGUCUCCGGCAACGAAGCUGUGCUAAGAGAGAUGCUAGCACACGUGCCUCCUUCAAAGGUUCAAAGUUACGUGAACGCGCCGUCGCGUAAAGGCUGGUCGCCGCUGCUGUCUGCGGCAGACUGCGGUCACCUCAACAUCGUCAACCUCCUGCUGGAGAACCACGCCAGGGUCGACGUGUUCGACCAUGACGGCAACGCUGCGCUGCACCUAGCCGCUGCUAAGGGCUUUGAGCCGGUAAGCGACGCUCUGCUGGCUCACAAGGCCUUCGUGAACGCCCGUAGCGUGGCAGGCUUGACUGCUCUACACCUCGCAGCGGUCGGCGGCUACACCUUCCUUGUCAAGGAUCUCAUCAUAGAGCACAGCGCUCAGAAAGAUCCCUUGUCAAAUACGAAACAAACCCCGCUGCACUUGGCUGCAGAGCACGGCCAGCUCGAGGUGAUCGAGACGCUCCUGCAGCUCGGCGCCGACACAAACGCCACCACCGAGGAGGGCAAGAAGGCCGUCCAUCUCGCAGCCAUGCGCAACCAUUCCGACGUGGUCAAACAUUUUCUGAAGCUGUCGCCGGAGCUCGUCUCCACAGCUGACAAGGACGGCAACACAUGCGCACACAUCGCUGCCUUGCGCGGGUCUGUUGACGUGGUGCGAGAGCUGAUGAAGCACAACCCCAGCAUGGUGACGGGAGGGCGCAACCGCAGCUACAGUACACCGCUGCACCUCGCGGCAGAAGGUGGAAAUGCGGAGCUCGUCGAGUUUCUCGUCACGAACGGAGCGUCGGCUACCUUGGAAGACGGGGAAGGUUUAACGGCGGUGCAUUUAGCGGCACGAUACGGCCACCUCGAAGUGAUUAACUCGCUGGGCUACACGCACCAAGACCUCGGCAUCUUCAGCAGGAAACUCGGCAUGACGGCUCUACACAUCGCGGCUCACUACGGCCAGACGGAAAUUUUGCGUGAGCUCAUCAGCCACAUGCCGGCGACAAUAAAGUCGAUGCCUCCCGCGGCGAAGGGCGGCAAGCCGUUCAUCCCCGAGCUCGGGGCAGAGUCUGACCUCACGCCCCUGCACCUUGCCGCCCACCAGGGCAACGAGAACGUCAUCCGCGUCCUCUUCAACUCACCGGGCGUCGUCGCUGACGUCAAGUCUAAAAUUCACCACUACAUCCCCCUACACAUGGCGUGCAUCAACGGCCACACGAACGUCGUGGGGCUCCUCCUGUCAAAGUCAGCCAAGCAGGUUCACAUUGCCGACAAAAAAGGUCGCACCGGGUUACACAUAGCGGCCACUCACGGUCACUACGAUAUGGUGGCGCUGCUCAUGGGGCAAGGAGUGGACCUCGGAGCCAAAGAUCGGGAGGGCUGGACGCCGCUGCAUUACUCAGCCAAGAUGGGUCACAUCAAGGUAGUGCGGCUACUCACAGAAGCAGGAGCCAAAACCACCGACAAGACAAACGAGGGGAAAAUUCCCAUCUGCUACGCUGCGGCUUACGAUCAUGUCGAAGUUUUCUCUUACCUCAUACAGAAGGAGCACGAUUCCUACGAGCUACUCGGAGAUAAAAAGUAUGUGCACGACCUGACGGUGAUGUCCCGCAAGUACGCGCACCAGCCCCUCCAGGAGUACGUGCUGCUCUCUCCCGCCCCUCCUGACAUCGCUCAUAAGCUCUCACAUACGCUGCUGCACCUCUCAGAAACCGUGAGUUUAUUCUAUCUUCCAUUUUCGGAGAAGGAGAGCCAGAAGGACCUGAUCGAGGCGUCGGUGUUCGCCGAGGAGCUGGCCACGGAGUUGGUGGCGAUCGCGUCAGCCUCGUUCAGCCCCGGCGUGCUGCUGCGCGCCCUCGACGGCCGCGGUAUUGCGCUCCUUGAUUCCCUCAUCGAACACGAGCAGAAAAUGGUGAUCGCUCACCCGAGCGUGCAGCGCUACCUCAAUGACGUGUGGAUGGGCAGCCUCAAGUGGCCGGCAUGGAAGAUGGCGGCCGUCUUCCUCAUGUGCCUCAUAGUCCCGCCAGUCUGGAUCUUCUUCAGUCUUCCACUCCGCCACAAGUAUUACCGCAUUCCCUUCACCAAGUUCCUGUCUUACCUGGUCUCGCAUUGCUACAUGUUGCUCCUCAUGAUCCUCAUGACCGUCACCCCCCUGAGUCCCAUCUGGGAGCUCACCGACCUCAUGCCCAGAUGGUACGAGUGGAUGUUGCUAGGCUGGCUGAGCGGUAACCUGGUGGCAGAACUCACCAGCCCCGGUGACCGAACAGGACUUGGUUGGAUCAAAGUGUUUGUCCUGAUGUUCGGAGGUAUGGGCGUCCUGACUCACGUCUUCGGCUUCCUGUACUACGGCCAUCAGGGGCCGCUGCAAGAAAUUCUUUACGUCAGAAAUGUGCUCAUUGGCUGCGGACUUUUGCUAGCCACGGUCCAGCUGCUGGAUUUUCUGUCUUUUCACAACUUGUUUGGUCCGUGGGCUGUAAUCAUUGGUAAGCUCAUGGUUGACCUCGGUCGUUUCCUGGUUAUCUUAGCCAUCUUCAUGUUUGGAUUCACAAUGUAUUUAUCGGCCAUCUACAACCCAAUGCGCCCCAUCUACACCGGACGUAACACCUCGCUCGUCGUGGGCUCAGGCUACCCUCCUUUCGAGGCCCCUGUUCAAGACCCCUUCUCCACUUCCGAGCUGCUCUUUUUCUCGCUCUUCGGUCUCGUAGAGCCCGACUACAUGCCACCCUUCUACAGCCAUCCUUUCUGGGCAAAGACCUUGAUGAAGGUGGUGUUCGGCGUGUACCAGAUGGUGACAGUUGUGGUACUGAUCAACCUGCUCAUUGCUAUGAUGUCAGACACUUACCAAAGAAUACACGCUAAGAGCGACAUAGAAUGGAAGUAUGGACUCGCUAAACUUAUUCGUAACAUGAGCAGAACUUCAGGCACUCCUUCGCCUCUCAACCUCCUGCUCAAGCUCACCGUGAGCGCAGUUGCGUGCGCCAAGUAUAGAGGUAACCUAUGCUCGGAGGCGGCGCUGGACUACAUCCGCAAGGAGGGCCGCAUGGAGAGCGCGCACGCCAUCGAGGCGAGGGCCGAGCAGCGCUUCAACAAGCGCCUCAACAAGAGCCGCGGCAGCAUAGCCCCGCACAGCACAGAGAACUUGAUCCAGGCAACAGGAAGCACGUCAGACCUGGGCGGCGAGGAGGGCGAAGAAGCGAUCAAGAGCGUGUCGGAGUGCGUGGACUGGAGCCACGUCGUUAAGCGCUACAGAGAGAAGAAGGAAAAAGAUUCCCUCACUGCCAAGAACGCUCAGGCCAGCAGCGGCGAGCUAAGUUUAGGGAUCAAGAAAGACGAAGAGGACAAGGGACGAAAAGACGAGCCGGAAGCUGAUAACAAGGAUUCUUAGUCCUCCCGUCAACAAAGAGAUGUAGGGAUCAAGAAAGACGAAGAGGACAAGGGACGAAAAGACGAGCCGGAAGCUGAUAACAAGGAUUCUUAGUCCUCCCGUCAACAAAGAGAUUUAGGGAUCAAGAAGGACGAAGAGGACAAGGGACGAGGAGACGAGCCAUGCUAACAAGGACUCUUAGUCCUCCCGUCAACAAAGAGAUGUAGGGAUCAAGAAGGACGAAGAGGACAAGGGACGAGGAGACGAGCCGGAAGCUGCUAACAAGAACUCUUAGUCCUCCCGUCAACAAAGAGAUGUAAGGAUCAAGAAGGACGAAGAGGACAAGGGACGAGGAGACGAGCCGGAAGCUGCUAACAAGGAGUCUUAGUCCUCCCGUCAACAAA